AUGCGGGAGCGGCUGCUGGUGCUCCUGUGCGCGCUGGCGCGGCGGCGGCGGCGGCGCGCCGGGGCCAUGGCCGGGAACGGCACCGGGAGCGGCGGCGGCAGCGGGAGCGGCGGCGGCGCCGGGGGCUGGGACGGGCCGCAGCGGCGCGCCUGGCUCCGGCACUACUACAGCCAGCGGCAGAAGCGGCUCAUGACGCUCCUCAUUGCUCACCGGAGGAGAACCAGCUGCUGCUUCUACCCCCGCGCCUGGCCCAGCCUCAGGAGCACAGACUGGUGGGAGCAGGUGGUCCUGAAGGAGUUUGGGCCCCAGGACUGGCUGGAGAAGUUUCGGAUGUCCAAGGAGACUUUUUUCUACAUCUGCAACCAGCUGCGGCCUGGGCUGGCUCCGCACAGCGCGCACUUCCACCCCACCCUGCCACUGGAGAAGAGGGUGGCCGUGGCCCUGUGGCACUUGGCCACCAACGUGGAGUACCAGACUCUGAGCCCGCUCUUUGGCGUGGGGCCCUCCACGGUGCAGAGCUGUGUCCGGGAGGUGAGCUAUGCCGUGGUCUUGCUGCUGAAGCCGCUUUACCUCCGGCUGCCCGACGAGAAGGAGCUGGAGAACAUGGCGCGCAUCUUCUGCACGCGCUGGGGCUUCCCGCACUGCAUUGGGGCCCUGGACAGCCUGCACAUCCCCAUCCACCCGCCCCUGCGCCUCACCGCCGACUACUGCAACGGCCAGGGCUGGCACUCCAUCCUCACGCAGGCCACCGUGGACGGGCUGGGCCAGUUCUGGGACGUCUCCACCGCCUUCCCAGGCAGCAUGGAGAACAGCGCGGUCCUGGAGAGCUCCAGCCUGUGGGUGCUGGCCAAGGAGGGCCGGCUGUGCCCCAACCCUCCCAAGCAUUUCAUGGGGAAGGCACAGAAGUACGUGCUGCUGGGCGAUGCCACGUACCCCCUGCAAGACUGGAUCCUCAAGCCCUACCAGGAGGACGAGAACCUGACCCAGCGCCAGCUGCAGUUCAAUUACCGCCUGAAGCGGGCCCACAGCGUGAUCGAGAACGCCUUCCUGCGCCUCAAGGCACGCUGGCAGAUCCUCCUCAAGUGCGACGAUUGCAGCCUGGAGCUGCUGCCCACCCUCGUCCUCGCCUGCUGCAUCCUGCACAACGUCUGCGAGGCCCACGACAACCCCUUCAAUGAGGAGUGGCUGGAGGGCACCGAGCCCACCGAGCUGCCCAAGCCCUGCCAGCCCGCGCCGGCCGCCAUGGAGGACAACCGGGCCGAGCAAGUGCGUGAGCUGAUGUGCCAGUACUUCGAGAGCUGCGGGGAGGGCUGAUGGGCCCGGGGAGCAGCUGCCCUGCACAUCCUGCUUGCAGAUUCACCAUGGACUCUGGCAAACUGGCCCAGUGCUUCCAGCUGUACCAGGCGGGCCCAGGGCGGGGAGGGGCGGCUGUGUCACGCUCGUGCUGGGUUCGCUGUGCAGGUUUCAGGCAGUGGAAUGUAUUUUGUGCCCAUUCUCUCUCCCAGGAUCUAAACUGU